UUUUAUGCGCUCCAGACCCGGAUCUGACCGUAAAUCUGGAGCGCAGGAUUAGUCUGCCCACCGCGCUAAUCCCCGCUCGGAUUGGGACCAACCCCGGCCACGGAUGAAUUGGACUCACAAACACCAUGGCAACGGAGAAAGAGUGAAACCGAGAGCGGGGGGUCUGUUGUUGUUCUGAGCGGAGGCGAUGCUCGCUUGCUCUCCAGCUGCUUGGGUCACGGGUCCGCGGUUAUAUUUAGUCCGCGGGAGAAAAUAGAGCGGUGGGCUUUCUGUCAAGAACCUGCUGCUGGAGACGUCGCUUGCAGCGGAGGAGGGGGAGGAGGCGGUGGGCCUCAGCCCCAGCACCAUAAUAGGACCGAGGGAGAGUCCUGCGUCCGAGCUGAAGACGUGAUCGUCGCUCGUUCAUUCAUGAAGGCACCAUGUCCUUCUCUCAGGAGGAGAUCUACACCUAUGACUUCAGCGAUGGCCUCCAUCCGCAGGAGCUGCUGGAGGCCCUCAGGCACUUCUACAGGACUGGCCUGUUCACGGAUGUCUCCCUUCAGUGCGGCGACUCGGGACAGUUGUUCCACUGCCACAAGGCUCUGCUGUCAGCGCGCAGCGCCUAUUUCAAAGUCAUGUUCACGGCUGACAUGAAGGAGCGGUCAAACACGGUCAUCCAGCUGACCGGCGUGGACGGCUCCAUCCUGGAGGCUCUGGUCAACUACGUGUACACGGCUCAAGUCAGCAUCACCGAGAGCAACGUCCAGAGCCUGCUGGAGGCCGCCGACCUGCUGCAGUUCGCCAACGUCAAACAAGCGUGCGAGCGGUUCCUCAUCCGUCUUCUGGACGUUUACAACUGCUCUGGGAUGCAUGCGUUUGCUCAGCUGCACCAGUGUCCCGCUCUGGAGAAGGAGGCCUGGAGGCUGAUGGUGAGCAAGUUUGCUGAGCUGACUCAGCAGGAGGAGUUCCUGGAGAUGGACCCGGAUCGACUGAGAUCUUUGUUGACCGCCCAGAACGUCAACGUGCACAGAGGCGAUGUUUUGAUCGAGGCCGUGACCCAGUGGGUCCAUCACGACCUGGACCGUCGGAUCCACUUGACAGUGGAGCUGCUGCGGCUCCUCCAUCUAGACCUGAAUGAGGUCCAGUUCCAGGCCACUCUGGAGGUCCACGGAGACUGCUUGCUGAGGGACCAUGGGAAAUUCAAGUCCAUGAUUGUCAGAGCGUCAAGACCCGAUGGCUCUGCGUUCACAAACAGAAAAACUACUUCAAGCUUGUUCAUAAUCGGGGGGUACUACUGGCGCCCCCUGGGUGAGGUCCACAUGUGGGAUCCUCUGAGUGACACCUGGCUGCAGGGCAAAGACAUGCCGGACCAAGAGAUAGAGAGCUACAGUGUGGCUGUGCUGGGGGCCAACAUCUACGUGACGGGGGGCUACAGGACCCACACCGUCGAGGCUCUUGACUCGGUGUUUGUGUACGACUCGGACUCGGACGACUGGAGCGAGGGUCCCAGGAUGCUCACGGCUCGCUACUACCACUGCUCUGUCCCUCUUCACGGAUGUGUGUACGCCAUCGGGGGCUACAGAGGAGGAGCUCCAGAGCAGGAGUCGGAAUUCUAUGACCCCUUGAAGAAGAAGUGGUUUCCUGUGGCCAAAAUGAUCCACGGUGUCGGGAACGCCGCAGCCAGCGUGAUGGGAGACAGAAUUUACGUGGCAGGAGGUCAUAACGGCUAUCGAGGCAGCUGCACCAACGAGAAAAUCCAAGUGUAUCGACCGGACACCAACGAGUGGAGUGUCAUAACCUCCAUUCCUCACCCAGAGUACGGGUUGUGUUCGGUACCUCUGGACAAGAAGCUGUAUUUUGUCGGAGGACAGUCGACGACGGCUGACUGCUACGACACUGUGAGAGACGAAUGGAAGUCUAUUUCAGCGAUGAAGGAGAGCAGGAUGGAGUGUGGCGCCGCUGUUAUAAACAACUGUAUUUAUGUAACUGGGGGCUACUCUUACUCCAAAGGGACUUAUCUACAAAGCAUUGAGAAAUACGACCCGGACCUGGACUCUUGGGAGAUCGUUGGGACUCUUCCCAGCUCGGCUCGAUCACAUGGAUGUGUUUCUGUGUGCACUCUUUGAUCAGGUUCUUCAAAUCAAUAUGUAUUUUUUAUCAAUAGUAUUAGAAUGGAUUUAACAAAUGUAUGAUUCUAAGAUGACCGUUCACUCACCAGCGUUCACCCUCCAUCGAGCCAUUGGUUUCCCCCCAUCUUACCCGAGGAGAGGUCUGGUGAAGAGGUGAAGACUCUUCUCUCCAGAGAAUGCAAGGUGUUCUGUGAUCAACUGAGGAACUCCUCCGUGGCUCCUGGGUCUGACCUGGGGCCUCCUCCUAAUUGAACAUCAUCAUAAGAGCAUGGGUCACAUAAAAGCCAAACCAUACAGAUAUAAUAGAAUUAGAGGAAAAACUAUCAAGUGAAAAUGUA